AUGACUGUUUUGAGUGAAAUUGAGUUAAAUUCUGAGUUCAUAGCAGAAAGCUAUGAAAACAUCAUUAAAUCUGUUGGAGAUAAACGUGAAUACAAAGGAAUGGUACUCAGGAAUGGCCUAAAAGUCCUACUCAUCAGUGAUGUGGAGGCAGACAAGUCUGCGGCCGCACUGGACGUAGCGGUGGGCGCGAUGUCGGACCCCCGGGAGGUGCAAGGGUUGGCCCACUUCUUAGAGCACAUGCUAUUCUUAGGCACCGGUAAAUACCCCGUAGAAAAUGAUUACAAAAAAUACAUCUCAAGUAAUGGUGGGGCGAGUAAUGCCUACACAUCACCAAACAAUACCAACUAUCACUUCGACAUAUCCACGGACUUCUUGGCCGGUGCUCUCGACAGAUUCGCGCAGUUCUUCAUUGAGCCGCUGUUCACAGAGAGUGCGACGGAAAGGGAGAUGAAUGCCGUCCACUCGGAGUACGAGAGGAAUAUACCGAUGGAUAGCCGAAGAUUAUCUCAUUUACAGAGAUCACUGUCAGAUCCCACUCAUGAUUACAGCAAAUUCUCAACCGGAAAUAUGGAAACUCUUAAAGAGAUUCCGAUCGCCAAAGGCAUUGAUGUCCGCCAGGAGUUACUGUCGUUUCACGAGCGCUGGUAUUCAGCAAAUAUCAUGUCUUUAGUCGUUUUGGGCAAAGAGGGUCCGAAACAAUGGAUUUUCGAUGAAUUGAAACAAAUUCGAGAAAUUAGGUUCAGGUUUAAAGAAAAGGAGAGACCCAUGGGUUAUGUGAUCGACCUUUCCCAUGAUUUGCAUGACUUCCCUUUUGAUGAGUGUCUGAGUGCCGGUUAUUUGUUGGAUGAGUUUAGACCCGAUUUAAUCACUGAUUUACUCAAUCACUUGACUCCGGAUCGCAUGCGAGUGACAGUUGUGUCCAAACAGUUCACCACAAUUGCAGACCAGACAGAGAAGUGGUACUCAACUCAAUACACCCAACAAGACAUUCCUCCGGAAAAGAUCCAGAAGUGGCUUAACAUUGGAUUCAAUGACAACUUAGCACUUCCCCUGAAGAAUGACUUCAUUCCCUAUGAUUUCACUCUCAAGCAAAUCGACGAUAACUUGAAACAAAUGCCACAAAUGAUUAGAAACACAGAGUUUUCUCGUGUUUGGCAUUUGCAGGACAAUCAAUACCGCACUCCAAAGGCUUACUAUAAAUUCAAACUAACCAAUCCGCACGUAUACGAUAGCCCAAUGCAUGCAAAUGCCAGUACAUUAUGGACCCGAGUAUUCAUGGACUCAAUUAAUGAAUAUUCAUAUUCAGCACAAUUAGCCGGACUGUCCUAUAACUUCUAUCGUACAGUCACUGGCCUAGAACUAACAUUUGGCGGAUAUAAUGACAAACUAAACUCAUUGAUGACCACUGUUUUGGAUAAAUUAAUUGAAUUCAAAGUAAACCCCAAAAAGUUUGAAGUGUUUAAAGAUAAACAGAUUCGCGGUCUUAAAAGUUACCAGAGUCUUUCAAAACCACAACUACUCGGCUAUUAUAUGAACGCCACUACCAGUGACCGGUACUGGACUUAUGAGGAGCUAUUAGACACAGCCUAUGAUAUAUCGGUUGACGACGUAUCAGCACUGGUAUCCCAACUGCUGUCCCGUUUCCAUAUCGAGGCCUUAAUCCACGGAAACAUCGACUCGAGUGAAGCCAUAGAUGUUUGCGAUGUGUUUGAGUCGCGAUUCAAGUCAGCCCUCAAUACCAAACCC